AGGUGAGCCGUAUUUAAGGUGUGGUGUCGCCUGUGAUUGGUUGUUUUGUGGCGACGCAUUUGCAUUAGUUGUAGUUCCCCCUCCAGUAUGCCAGCGGUGUCAACAAGGAGUCUAGAGACACCCUGGGUGUCAAUGUGCUGGCUGCCACACCUGGAGGAUAUUCGGGUGAAGUUCAGCACCUCUGGGAGAGUGACAAAAAGUAAGUCGACGCGAUGGCGGUGUGUUUUCCUGGUAGUGGGUGGCGGAAGCCGGUCAUGGAGUGUUGUACAGCCACGAACAGAUGGGCAGACACCACCAGCCUCCCGCCACCAUGCCAGCGGCUACACACCUGUGGCUUCUGCUGUUACUGUUGCUGUUACAAACAAGACUGGGGAAUGUGAUGGCACAAAAUAGCAACUCAGGCACCUCAGAGCUGCACGUGGUGGCGCUGGUCGGACAGGAGGGCGCCACAGCCAGGCACUUCCUUCACUCCGCGUGCAGACUCGGCUUUCGCAGUAUGAAGGUGGUGGGCGGCUGGGACAAGUGCACAAGGAAUGAAUGUGACGCCUUGGACCAGAUGGCGCAGCACCUGAGGACUCUUCCCCACGACGAUCUUGUUAUUGUAUCCAACUUAGGGGACGAGUAUGUGUAUCUAGUAGGGAAGUACGAAGAUGCCCGGAGGAAAGUGGCGGAGGCAGACGGGCUGCUCGUGGCGCUGCAGGAUGGAGAGCAAGGUGAAGGAGGGACGCAGAGAAACCACCAGGGACAAGACACUCACAAGACAUUGAAGGAACGCUUAGAGGAAAAACACUCAAGCAGGAAGCGGAAACAAAAGAACCAGGAAGAGUUGGAAACUAAUAGGGAGGAAAAUCAGACCUCAAACCACGCCGGGGAAACCAAAGAUGAAACUAAACGCAAACUUGACAACGAACCUAUCGGAAAGGAGGAUCGUAAAAGCGUUGCAGAGUCGCAGGAUGAAGAUAGCGCGAAUGUAAUAGAUAAUGGAGGAUACCCAGGCAGGAGAGACGAUGGGAAGGAAAAUGAGGGUGUUGACGGUGGAGCAGAGUCUGGAGCGCGCCGCUCAGUGAGGAGGAAAGGUCAACACGGUGAAGAAGAUGAGAUGCAGAAGGAGGAGGAGGAGGAGGAGGAGGAAGAGGAGGAUACAAAUAUGGUUCUGCUGUAUCGUGCUUUGCGAGGAGGAACAGUGCUGGGUCGGGUGGGGACACUCCUAGACGCACUGAGGAAGGAAGGGGCGUCGCCGAGUAUCACACAGGACACGGGCGCCACACAUGUAGUCUUCGGAAACCACAGAAGCCAAGGCACCUUGAGAAUUGAACUCCCACUGAAGGUGAUGUUCUACCCCGAGGACGACAGCAACAGCGCGGCAAAGGAGGGAGGGAAUAGGAAUGAAGAGGAGGAAGAGGAGGAGCAAGAGUACACAGAGCCGUUAAUUGUAUAUAAUCAACAUGAAGAGAUCGACCUUCACAAUCUCCUGGAGGUGGCGGGCACUCCGGAGCAUCGAGAGGAGGACAACUGCUCGUAUCUCCUGCCGCAGCGCCCCAGCGAGGACCCACCGCGGCUGCUGGUGAACCUCCUGCUGGGGGAGUCGUGGACGCCUUUUCUGGAGGAAGUGCUGGCCGGCCUCGCCCUCCAGGACUACCCGAAGGAAGCCAUGGACGUGUGGAUAUAUGGUCAGACUGGCGUGCAGGAGGCGGAAAUCUCGGUCUUUAUUAAGGACAACAAGGGGAAGUACUCGUCCCUAACGCUCGCCCUGGACCAGACGCCGGACCACCACCUGUUGAGAUCCCGGUGUGAGGCUGCCAAGUGUUCCCUGGUGGUGCUGAUGGAGGCCCGCGCCUUGCUGGACUACCCUGCCACAUUCAGGCUUCUCUUGGACGCCGACAGACCUGUGGUGGGUCCGCUACUGAAGGAGAGGCAGGAGGGCGGGGAAGUAAACUUUGUGGUGAAGAAAGGCGAGGACAUCUCCCAGUGGGACCACCUGAUCCGGAGCCGAGGUGUGAGGGCAACGCUGAGGGUGGCGGAGGUGCAAGCUCUCAUAGUGGUGCACCGAGACUACCUGGAGGACCUCAUGUUGGGGCGGCAGGUGGAGCAGUACAUCAACACUUGGGCGAGGGCUGGUAUUCUGCUUGAUCCCCGCGGCCACAAGGAGGGCAAGCUACACCCGGACCUGUGGGGCUUGACGCACAACCCAGUGGCGUGGAGGCGGCGCUACGUUCAUCCAGACCUUCUCAACAUUAUCUGGGGGGAGGCAAAGGCGGAGGAGGUGGGCAAGGACCUUUACUACGUGCCUUUCUUCAAGGAGCGCUUCUGCCGCGAGCUGGUGGAGGAGCUGGAGCACUUCGGGCAGUGGCAGCACAAGGACAUGGAUGACCGUGAGGAGUCGCACCGCUACACCAGCACCAACAUCAACCUGAGCCAGAUCGACUAUGCGGCGGAGUACCAUGUGGUGAUCAACACGCUGCACAAGGAGUUGCUGGCCACUUUGUACGGCGGUUACCGGGCUGAGGGCAAGGCGUCUCUGCUCUUCGUACUCAGGUACACCGCUGCCACGGACUACAACACCUUCACCUACCACCUGGACGGCGCCACCUACACCCUCAACUUGGCGCUCAAUAAUGACUUCACGGGUGGCGGGCUGGAGUACCGGCUGGGUAACAAGCUGUUUGGGGAGGAGAAGGAGCUGCUGCUGCCUCACAAUCGCACUGGAUGGGCGGUGGUGCAGCCCGACCGCCCCUACCACCUCCACCACGGCGUGCCCCUCCUGUCCGGCCGCCGCUACGCCCUCAUCGCUAUCGUGGACACCAAUGACGCAAGCAGCAAGGGCGGCCCGCUGUGGUAGUGAGCUGGCUAGGGAAGCACUGCGGAAGGAGACGAGGAUGGUUCAGGGUCGUGAGAGAGAAAGAGAAGCGAGGACAGACAGGUAAAGGGAGUUAAAGGGUAGUUAGGUUAUUGUUUUGGUAUGUGUAGUCAUUGUUAUGGUUGUUAUUGUUGUUGUUGUUGUUAUAGUAUUAGUAGUAUUAGAUGUUUUUUAUUGAUGUUUUAUGAGAUGGAAGUACCUUCGUGGUGUUGUUUUGUAGUGAUAGUAUUUGUAGUACUUUGCUUGAUGUUAUUGUUGUUAAUGCACACAUAGGAAGAGAAUGGUAACCCGUAACCUGUCAGUGCUUAUGAGAGAGAAUGUUAUUAUUUAUUGCCGAUGCGUUCCUUGCUGGGUGCUUGGCUUGGGCGUUCGUUGAUUCUGUACGGCACAACAAAUAUACACAGGGGAAGGAAGCAAGUUUGUUCCCACGCUCUACCUCAGCAAGGCAAUGGUGAAUGCCGUACACUGUGAGGCGAAGGGAAAAGUUGCCUAUAAGCUUACGACGGAGACAAAUGGUGAUUCUCCUUAGCCAUUGAGAACAUCAGAACAUAAGAAAAUAAGGGAAGCUGCAAGAAAUCAUCAGGCCUACACGUGGCAGUCCAUGUAUGAAACUCAUCUACCCAUUUCCACCUGUCAUCCUCAUCCAUAGAUUUGUCUGAUCUUUUCAAGUUCAAGUAAUGACUCAGCACUAACAACCUGAUUACUGAGUCCAUUCCGUUCAUCUACCACUCUAUUUGAGAACCAAUUCCUUCCUAUCUCCUUUUCAAAUUUAACUUUUUUCAAGCUUGAAUAGUGAAGGUGACGCGAAAAGUGUUUCCUCAGAGGUGUGGUGAAGGAAAGAGUAGUCACAACAUCCAGAGCACCCGUGACCCGCCGCUCCCUCCCUGUAUGGCUCCAAGGUGAAGGUCUUUGUCUCUUUGGCGUCACGCUCGCUGAGGACGCCUUUUGUUCUCAUUCAGUUGAAUGCAUAUCGCUUGAUGUGAGUGCGAGGUGCAGCGAUGCCUUUAUAAAAUUUGUCUC